AUGUUUGCAAAAACGCCCGCGCCGCGAGCUGCGCGCGCCGGGGCUCUGUCUCACUCACGUGCCGCAAUAUGUGUCACACACGGCGGCUUCUGCCACCUCUCGAUCGGCGGCCGGGCGAGGGCGCGGCGGGUGACGAGUUAUGCCAACCAGCAGUUCUUCGACGGCUCGCGCUGGCAGUGGACGGUGCCGCCCCUCCGCGCCGACAACGCGCUGGUCAACGGCCCGCUCCCGCUGAUGACUCUGUGGAGGAAGGAGCGCGGGCUAGAUGCCGAGUCCGACCUCUGGCUAGCGACGCCGCACGGCUUCGACGAGGCGCUCCCAAAGGGGCACGAAGACUGGGCCUUCUGGCUGCAGCUCACGGAGCGGCUGCCGCUCGACUCGGUCCCGCGGCUCAUGCGCACCCUCUUCGCCGACCUGCUUGACCAGAAGCCGGGCAUCACCGAGGCGGUCGUCAUGGACGUCUCCGUCUCGCAGCACCUCCACCCCACCCGCCCGGAGCCGCACCUCUGGUCGGGGAUGAUCCUGCAGGCAAAGGGCGACCUGGCCGGCGCGGCGGCCGCGUACAACGCCUCCGCCGCGCUCGCCGCGCCGUACGAUUGGCAGGGCUCCUACCGCUUCUGGCGGGCGCUGCUCCUGCUCGGCGACGGCGCCGCAGCGGCGCGCGAGGAGGCGGCGCUCCGCCGGCGCACAGACGCUUAUGGUGACGUACUGCCCGCCGCGUCGGAGUGA